CUUACAUGGUGUUCUUUCAAGUUAAUUGCUUUAUACACCUCUCUUGGUAACAUGUAAUUACAUUUCAGUGUAUGCAUUUAUGGGCAGCUGAGCUCAAUCUAGUGUUUCUUCAUAUUUCAGGUAUUGCUAGGGGAUGUGGGUGGCAGGACUUAGGUGCUUAUGUCAACCUCGGCGCGUACUAUCUAUGUGGACUUCCAGUUGCUGCCAUAUUGGGUUUUUGGCUACAGAUGAGUGGACAGGGCCUUUGGAUUGGUAUACUGGUUGGUGCUUCAGUGCAGGCAUUACUGCUCUCUAUCAUAACAAGUUGUACAAACUGGGAAAAACAGGCAAGGCAAGGCAGAGAAUGUUGGAGGGAAGAUCUUCAGUGGAAAAUAGAUUAACAUGACUGACUCUUGAUCAACUAUAUUAUCUUAUUUCAAAGUUGUAAGAGAAAUAUAGUGCUUAAACUAAUAAGAUUGGUAGAUUUUUU